AUGGCGGGAGGCUUUGAGGGGGAGGAGAGAGAACCUCAACCUGAAGUCGAAGUUGAGGAGAUCGUAAAUUUCGGCACCACCAUGGGACUGGAGGUUGACAAGGAGGAUAUAAACGACCUUGUGCUUGAACAUCAAGAGGAGCUGUCAACGGCAGAGCUGCAAGAGUUGGAGGCGAUGCAGCACUCAUCAGUACAGCAACAGUUCAGCGAGGAGGAGGAGGAGGCCGUCAUACCAUCAGCCGAUAUCAAGGACAUUCUCUGCGAUUUUCAGAAGAAACGGAUUAAUUUCGUAAGUCGGGGUUCCACUGUAUUCUCUGUUUAUAUGAAUGAGUCUGAAGGUUGUUGUUUGUCACCCACUAGCUGUGAGAUGCAGGACAGUGAGACUGAUGACAACACGAUCAACUGCACCAGUGUGACUGAACGCUGUAAUCUCCUGAAGGAGGCGCCCUUCUCCUCCUGUAACAGUGACAUUGACCCAGAGCCCUACAUAACCGCCUGCACCGACACUUUGUGUAAAUAUCCUGCAGUGGACGGACUCAACUGUCAGUUCCUGAAGGCCUACGCCAGAGCCUGCAGUCUACACAACCACACUCUAGAUGGCUGGACAUCAAAGACCGGCUGCUCCUCUGAGGCCUUCUGUCAGGACAGGACCUGCAGCGAUCACGAGUUCUGUGGUGAGAAGACGGUCGAUGGUGACACCCGCUGCUUCUGUCGGGCCAUUUUUGCCUCCAAGUACCAAGCAAACAACUCUUUGGGUGAUGCAACGGUCUGCAUGCAGGACUCUGCUUCAGUCACUCUGGUCGGUUGUCUCCUGGAGGACAAAGACAUCGACUACUCUGCCUUACACCUCAACGACCCGACGUGCAGGGGUCAGGUGGACGAGCUCACCCACAUGGUGACCUUCAGCUUCAACAGCAGCAACAGCUGUGGGACGGUGGUCACGACCAACAACAGCCAAGUGAUCUACAAAAACACCAUCAUGACCCAGAACAGCAUGAUCACUCGUCACAACCAAGUCUACAUCGACUUCUCCUGCGUCCAAACUCAGCCGGACAUCAAGACUGCCACCUUCAGGAUCAGAGACAGCUCUGUGAUCCAGCACAUCACAUCUGGAGUUUGGGAUUACACUCUGACCAUGAAGGCUUUCACUGACGCCGGCCGCACACAAGCUGUGGAGUCCAGCACUGAGGUGCAGUUGAACCAGAAGAUCUGGGUGGAGCUGAAGACUGACGGGCUGGAUGGAGACAUGGUCGCCGUGGUGACCGACUCCUGCUGGGCAACUGACCAGCCAUCACCCGACAGCACUCCGAGAUAUGACCUGAUCAUAAACGGCUGUGCCAACCCUGCUGACCAGACGGUGCAGGUGGAGGACAACGGACUGGGAACCUCCAACUACUUCUCCUUUAACAUGUUUGAGUUCACCGGGGGCUCUGGUGAAGUUUUCCUGCACUGCAAACUCCACCUGUGCCCCAAACAGAACAACUGUGUCCCGACUUGUCCUGCAGGUGCUCGCAGACGCAGAUCUGCCAGGUCCAAAUAUGAAGGUAAAGCCUUCAUCAGCAUGGCCUGGACUCAUUAGGUGGUUUCCAUGGUGACUCGGACUGACUUACAACUUACUGACCUCCACGAUGAUCCUUGACUUCUGAUUGGUCCUGAGCCAGAUUUUGGAUGUUGGGAAGACUGAGCUGAGUUCUGCGGCAAACUCCCACAGCUGGAAUAAGCAGAUGUUUUUUUAGAGCAGGACCAAACUGUCGUCUUUGACACAUGAUAAAGUUCAGAUGAUUUUUUUUUUCAGUUUCAUUAGUAACUUGGUGAAAGGGAAGUGUGUGAGCUGCAUGUGAUUUCCAGCCUAACCAUAUAAAUAAAUCUGGGGUAAAUCUACACUCCUGAAACUUAACAGAAUCAGAUCUCACUAACACUGUCAGAUAUUUUACUUGAGUUAAGGAUACGGGACAUAUUUAUUUCUUGGCUAUAUUCAUAGAAAGAAAUAUAUGAACACAGGUCCAACGCAUCCAUGAACAGUGAGGCCUUAACCAAAGCGGUAUUUUUCUUUCUCAGGUUGUUGUAAUUUAAAAUGAUUGAGGUACAAAGUGAUGAAAAUUCCCAGUGAAUCAAGUAAAAAAUGGUUUAUUCUGUGAACAUGAAGUGAUUUAAAAGUAAAUAUGAAAAUCAUCUCUUUAAGAAGGUGGUAAUCAGGGUAAAAUAUUUAAAGGGGAUCAUCUGGUUUCUUACUCUUUUUUUGUAGCUGAAUGUUGUAAAGGUGAAGCUGUGUGGAUUUCUUUUUCACCUGUUAUCAGACCAUUACAAUCAUGUGAAGUAUGCAAGCAGAGUCUCUUUAACUCCGAUUGUCUUAUAAAACAAGCCGGAUGCAGCUCAAAGUGGACACAGCUGCUGAACUGUUAUUAGCGAAAGAACCAAGAGAGGACCACAGCUGAGUUAUCAAAGUUGUAAUUUAAUCUCUUUAAGGCAGGUGAAACAAACCAGUGCUGGAGUCCAUGUGACAGAAAACUGACCAGCUGUAACCAAAGCUGCAGUCAGCUGAUCUGUGGUCGUAUCUUUAAACAACUGUGUCACAUUAAAACAAAACAGCUGGUUUAUGUGUUUCCCAUUUGAGCUGCUGAUUGGCACAUAAAGUUGCAGGACAGCAUCACCUUUACUGUGAUCUUUAGUGCUCUGAUAAGCUCAAGAACAUAUGGAAGUUACAUCUUUCCUUUUAGAAAACACACAGUACAAAGUGAGCAUGAUUUCAUGGUGACUUUUUCCUUUCUGUGUUGUUUUUGGAGGCAGCAGUGUUGAUAACAGCACAUGAAACUGAGACUUGAUGCUCUGCUUUGUCGCCUUCACGCUUUACUGUUUGUUCCAAAAGACCAAAAAAAUAAAUAAAGGACAUGGGUAAUAAAAUAA